AUGAUAAGUAUGGCCCGAAUAUCUCCAAGAGUCUUUCGCUCUAUAAUCAUAAUUGUUUCCACCAUAUUCGGGUUUGUGACAUUAUUGCGACUUCAUAACAACCUGAGUCCGGGCGAUUCUUAUUCUCACCUCGGCGCUCUGGAGCAAAUUAAUUGGUCUCGAUUUGCAUACACCCAAUAUGCCACCGACAGAUCUUAUCUGUGCAACUCGCUGAUGAUUUUUGAGGCUCUUGAUCGCCUUGGAAGCAAUGCCGAUCGCUUGUUGAUGUACCCUUCAGAUUUCCUCUUGUCUGAGAGCGAUAGUUCAAUGGAAGCCCGUUUACUUCGCUUCGCAAGGGACGAAUAUUCAGUCAAACUGAAACCAAUCGACGUAAUUAUGCGGGGUGGGGGAGGAGUGAGCACAGCACCCUGGUCAGCGAGCUAUACAAAGCUCCUUGCAUUUAAUCAAACAGAAUAUGACCGGGUCAUCAACUUGGAUUCAGAUGCAACUCUUCUGCAGGCUAUGGACGAGCUGUUUCUACUUCCAUCUAGCUCAGUCGCUAUGCCACGGGCCUACUGGUUAGAUCCAAAGGAUCGAACCUUUACAUCUGGACUAAUGCUCGUCCAACCGUCUGAAUUUGAAUUCGGUCGCAUAAUGGAUGAGAUUUCCAACGCUACUUCUGACGUGUACGACAUGGAGAUUAUGAACAAGUUGUAUGGCGACAGCGCGCUGGUCAUACCGCACCGUCCGUAUACUCUUUUGACGGGAGAGUUUCGCUCCAAGAACCAUGAGGCCUAUCUUGGCAAUACAGACGAAUUGUGGGAUGCUGAGGAAAUCCUCAAAGAUGCCAAAUAUUUACAUUUUUCCGACUGGCCGGUUCCUAAGCCAUGGAUUGCGGCUACUCGUGAUGUGAUCAACAAAACGCAGCCACCUUGUGAAGUCAACCCUGCAACUGGAGAACGAGAUGACUGCCGUCUCCGGGAACUCUGGCUGGGGAUAUAUAAGGACUUCAUGACCAGACGACAGGUAUGUCAAGCCCCUUCUAGCCUCGGAUCAAUUCCUUAUCAAGCUGAUUUAACCUGGACAGAAUGUAUGUGGCAACCUAAAAGUUUGAACUGUGAGAAUACUGUUGCGGAAAUGUAA